AUGAAGUACGGCUCAGCUCUCCUCCUCGCGGCUUUCGCUGCCACCAACGUCUUUGCCCACGGUGUCAUCGACGGUGUUCAGGGUGCCAACGGUGUCAACCUUCCCGGUCUUUCUUUGAUCGAUGACACUCCUCGUGACUGCGCCUCUCCCCGCUGCGGCUCCGAGGCCGAUACCUCCAUCAUCCGUGACCGCGAGCUCGGCACCGCCAAGGCCUCCGCUCUUGGCCGCACCCAGGGUGGUGGUCCUGUCGAUGCCGCCGCCAUGAUGCAGACCUUCAUGAACGGUGCCGCCGGCAACACAACCGCCACCAAGGCUGCCCGUGAGAUCCACGAGGCCAACCUCGCCCGCCGCUACGCCAACAUUGCCGCCCGCCAGGCCGGCAAGGGCACCAAGACCCCCAAGGGCACCGUCGAGACUGGUGUCAAGGCCGCCACCGGUAUGGCUGCCCAGCAGGGCAUGCCCACCACCGCCGACGACGGCACCAUCUCCAUGACCUUCCACCAGGUCAACCAGGACGGCGCCGGCCCCCUCAAGGCUGACAUUGACGGCACCUCCGGCGGUACUGACCCCGCUGCCUUCAAGACCGCUGAGGUCACCCAGAACGUCCCCGGUAUCGGUAUCGGCGGUCUCUCCGGUGCCUCUACCAUGGACUUCCCCGUCAAGGUCCAGAUGCCCGCCGGCAUGACCUGCGACGCCAACGUCGGUGGCGCCAGCAACGUCUGCGUCGCUCGUCUUCGCAACGCCGCCCUCGCCGGUCCCUUCGGUGGCUCCGUCGCCUUCACCCAGUCCACCGCCGCCCGCAAGCGCGCUGUCGAGUUCAACCUCAAGAAGCGCUCCGAGCGCCGCUCCGCCCGCGACUUCAAGGCCUAA